AUGGCACACCAAGCACACUCCUACCACAUAGUUGACCCAAGCCCAUGACCCAUCUUCGGCGCAGCCGCAGCACUAUUAACCACAUCAGGCCUAAUUAUAUGAUUCCACUAUAACACCUCCACUUUACUUAUAGCAGGCCUUCUCUCCAUACUCCUAGUUAUAUUACAAUGGUGACGAGAUGUAAUCCGAGAAAGUACCUUCCAAGGCCACCACACUCCAACUGUCCAAAAAGGCCUGCGAUAUGGUAUAAUCCUAUUCAUUACAUCAGAAGUAUUCUUUUUCUUAGGGUUCUUCUGAGCUUUUUUCCACUCAAGCCUAGCCCCAACACCAGAACUGGGAGGACAAUGACCUCCAACAGGGAUUAAUCCCCUAAACCCCCUUGAUGUCCCCCUUCUAAACACAGCAAUCCUUCUAGCUUCCGGCGUCACUGUAACAUGGGCCCACCAUAGCAUUACAGAAGGAAACCGAAAGCAGGCUAUUCACGCUCUAACCCUCACCAUUGCCCUAGGACUCUACUUUACUGCCCUCCAAGCAAUAGAAUACCAUGAAACCUCAUUUUCAAUCGCCGACAGCAUUUAUGGUUCCACCUUUUUCGUUGCCACAGGAUUCCACGGAUUACACGUAAUUAUCGGAUCAUCUUUCCUAACAGUCUGCCUCUUACGACUAAUUAAAUUCCACUUUACAUCUAAUCACCACUUCGGGUUCGAAGCAGCAGCCUGAUACUGACACUUUGUAGACAUCGUCUGACUUUUCCUAUACAUAUCUAUAUACUGAUGAGGAUCCU